AACGAGGCCCAAGAAGGAAAGGAAGGAGGAGCAAAGGGAAUGUGAUUCCAGUUUCCUAUUUAUGUUGUCGGGGUGGUGAGAUUCGGACCUCAGCGCAGAAGCAAUCCAUAUUCGUCUACGAGUUGCUUCAUUUUGUCUCCUCAAGAACACGCACUAUCACACCCACGAGAUUAUACCAUGGACCUCCGUGAAACCAUCCUCAACCAAACCGACGCUUCCUUUUCAAUCGCAAAGCAGGUCAUCUCCACCGAGGCCAAAGGCGCCAACCUCGUAUUCUCGCCGCUAUCGAUCCACGUCGUGUUGGGCCAGAUCUUGUCCGGGUCGGACGGCCCCGCCCGGGACCAGCUGCUGGACUUUCUCAAAGCCAUGUCUACCGAAGCACUGAAUUCCUUCACGUCGCAGCUUGUGGGUCUGAUGUUCGCUGACGGUGCUCCGCUUGGUGGGCCUCGAUUGACCUUCGCCAACGGCCUUUGGGUUGAUCAAAGUCUCAGCUUGAGGCCCUCUUUCGAGGAUAUUGUGCGGAAGGUUUACAGGGCUGUUUCUAUUCAUGUUGAUUUUCAGCAUAAGUCUGCUGGGGUAACAAAAGAAGUGAAUACAUGGGCUGACAAGGAAACAGACAGCCUAAUCCAAGAAAUGCUUCCAUCUGGUUCAGUUGAUGCUUCUACUAGGCUUAUCUUCACAAACGCAGUGUACUUUAAAGGAGCAUGGAACGAAAAAUUUGAUGAAUCAGCAACACAGGACCAUGAGUUUUUCCUCUUAGAUGGAAGCUCAGUUCAAGCACCCUUCAUGACCAGUGAGAAGAAGCAAUACAUUCUUGCUUUUGAUGGUUUCAAGGUUUUGGGACUACCAUAUAAACAAGGUGGAGAUAAGCGUAGAUUCUCAAUGUACUUCUUUCUUCCUGAUGCAAACGAUGGACUGCCAGAUUUGAUAGAAAAGGUCACCUCAAAAUCUGGAUUCGUAGACCACCACCUCCCACAUCAGAAGGUGGAAGUUGGUGAUUUCCGUUUUCCAAAGUUCAAAAUAACUUUCAGGUUUGACGCUUCCGACGUUCUAAAGGGACUGGGUUUGGACCAUCCAUUUUCUGGUGAUGGUCUGAACGACAUGGUGGACUCACCUCUUAGUCAGAAUCUCUAUGUUUCAAGCAUAUUCCACAAGUCGUUUAUCGAGGUGAAUGAGGAAGGCACAGAAGCUGCAGCUGCAUCUGCUGCUGUCGUUAAACUCAGGGCCUUGGAGGUUGACGAAAAGUUGGAUUUUGUCGCUGACCACCCGUUCCUGUUUCUCAUAAGAGAAGAUAUGACCGGGGUCGUGCUGUUUAUCGGGCAAGUUCUUAAUCCAGUUGAUGCUUAAUGGAGCACUUUGCUCUAGAACAGAGUUUGUUAGUACUUGAAUUUUGAAAUGCAUCUCUUGUAGUGAAACUAUCUCUGUACUUACUCAAAGCAUAGACUGCCUCUGACUGAGCUUUGGUUAGGAGUUUGAGCAUAAAUAUAUGGUGAGAGAGCUGGUGCCCCUGUAGGUUUUUGGCACUAUUUGUGAUUCAGUUUCAAUCAAAUUUGUGGAUUUCACUUCAUCCC